CUGAACUCAACAACAAGCCCUCUCAGGCUGGCCCAUCGCAGCCGGUUGUUCUUUUCUUUUUUUCUUUCCCUCUUUUUUUUCGGGAGUCCCGUCUUCCUCUCCCUCUCCCCGCAGUUCACAGUGUGAGUGGGUGUGUCGACGCGGCCCAGUGUAGCCUCGUCGCAGCUCUGAAAAAGAGGAAAAAAAAGUUGAUGAUGAGUUCAGUGUGAAAGCGGCUCAGCAGGCUAACCGUCCGGGAAUGGCAGUCUGGACCAGAGCGGACAAAAACGGCCAGCUGGACCUCCUGCUCCGCGACCGCUGGAUCCGAGUGGCCGCCGAACUCACCCGCGAAACGCUGACUCUGACGGCCGAGGCGGAGGUAACCGGGCAGGGGGGCAAUCACUGGGACUACAGCAACUCUUCGGCGGGCCUGCGAAAUGGCAUGUCGAACGGAAACGACCCGGGAACGAGUCCGGGGAACCCCGGCCGCGGUCCGCCCUCGGGUCAAGACCAGCUCCAGAGUCCGAACCACGGGGGUCGGGGGCGCAGCGCCAGCCCGGGGCGCGGGGUUGUCAGUCGGGGUCAGUACGACGGCAACUAUGGUCUAAACAGCCCUGGAAAGUACCCGAAUAACGGCACAAACUCUGACUUUGGAAGUCCCAGCUCGAGCUACGGCAGUCCCGGGUCCAGCUUUGGGUCGAGACAAGGCGACUUCCCCGUUAGUCUGGACGGUUCCUCGGAAGCUGUGCGGAAAGUCCGAGUUGUCAAACAGGAGUCUGGCGGGCUGGGGAUCAGUAUAAAGGGGGGGCGCGAGAACCGGAUGCCUAUCCUCAUUUCCAAGAUCUUCCCGGGGCUCGCCGCUGACCAGAGCCGGGCUCUCCGGGUGGGCGACGCGAUCCUGUCGGUGAACGGGAACGACCUCCGGGAGGCAACACACGACCUAGCGGUCCAGGCGCUGAAGAAGGCAGGGAAAGAAGUGACGCUGGAGGUGAAGUAUAUCCGCGAGGUUUCUCCACUCUUCAAGAAGCCGUCCCUGGUGGCCGACCUGCCGUGGGACGGCGUUCGCCCGCAGUCGCCCAGCUACAGCGGCAGCGAGGACUCGGGGUCGCCGAAACACGGCAGCUCCUCCUCGUCCAAAGACAGAAAGGUCAUCAGCCUGAGGAUGUGCUUCAUCAGCAGGAACCUCACCAUGCCAGAUCUGGAGAACAGACUCCUGGAGCUCCAUUCCCCAGACGGGCAGCACACGGUGGUUCUGCGCUGCAAAGACGGCCCCACUGCCAACUCCUGGUUCACUGCCAUCCACACCAACAUUGCCGCCUUGCUGCCACAGACCCUGGCUCACAUCAACGCCUACCUAGGGGCCUCGUCCUCGACCUCCACACACCCUCACCUCAAACACAUCGGGUGGUUGGCUGAACAGGUCCAGCUGGAAGGUGGACGGCAGCAGUACAGGCCAGUGGUCAUGGCGCUGACGGAGAAGGACAUCCUGCUGUUUGAAUCAGUGCCGUGGAACAGAGAGUCCUGGUCCAUGCCUCUGCUUACACACCCGUUGCUAGCCACCAGACUGGUUCAUUCUGGCAGUGCGCGGGGGUCUCCCGCCCAGGGGUCAGACCUGGUGUUUGCCACUCGGACAGGCACGGGCCGGGGCAUCGAGUCCCAUGUCUUUCGAGUGGAGACCCACUGGGAUCUGUCUUCGUGGACGCGAGCCCUUGUGCAGGGGGCACACGCUGCCGCGGAGCUCAUCAAAGAAGUCUCGAUUGGUUGCACGUUGAACAGGCAGGAUGUUCGGCUGACGCUGCACUAUGAGAAGGGCUUCACUGUUACGAGAGAGCCGGCCGACCCAGCCGGGGGCGCCGUGCUGUACAGAUACCCCUACGAGAAGCUGAAAAUGUCCGCUGACGACGGAAUACGCAACCUUUACCUUGACUUUGGGGGUCCGGAGGGAGAAAUGGUAUUUGACCUCCACUCUGGUCCAAAGCCCGUGGUGUUUGUCCUCCACUCCUUCCUGUCAGCCAAGCUCACUCGUAUGGGUCUGCUGACGUGAGGCAACCACUGCAGCAGCAGCAGUGUGGAUGACGGGACGGGACGGGACGGGACGGGACGGGCCCAGGUGCUGAUGAUGGGGGUUACCUUUUUUUUUUUUUUUUUCUCCCCAGUUUCUCCAUUCACAGCUGAAGUUAGGCCUGAGGUUGCACUGCAGGGAAGAUUAAACCCAGGAGUUGAACUGUUGAUUGUCUUAAAAACGUGCCUUCUCUUCCAACUUCUCAUUGGCCUCUUGCAGUCGUGCGUAUUGCAAGAUCAGGUGAAAGGAGGUGGCACUUUGCUUGGAAGUCACUUCCGAUACGCAAGAGAAAAGCUAUUCACCAUCUCACGACAUUCCAUGUGAUAAUGUAUCAAAUUUCAUUAUAAUUAUCCACUAAAAAAAAAACAAAAACACGCUAAGCUAAGAUGCCGUGACGUUUGCGUUCAGUGCGCUUCAAGCAAAGUGUUACCAAAAGGAAAGGAAGGAUUUUUUUUUAGA